CCUGCGCCGUUCAACACGGUCUUCCUCCUCUAUAUGUAUAAUCGCAGCCCCCAUUUUUGCCGAAUCUCCAAAACUCAACGACACACGGAUUCGUUCUAAUAGGGGGGAAAAAGAACCAACUGGGCUUUCUCUCCGGCGCAUAUUCAACAACAUGUUCUACAGAGGUAAAUUUGCUGAUGGUGGGGAUGGGCGUGAAAUGGGUGCAAAACGUCAACGGGUAGUUGAUCAGGGACCUCCAUUCUAUGGGACUUCCCCCGGUCCAAGUUUUAUGUACAAUGCAUCUCCUUAUUCCUAUGUCAAUCCAUCUCCACCCUUCCCUGUUGUCCGAAUUCGCGGUCUUCCAUUUGAUUGCACAGAAACUGAUGUGGCUGAGUUCUUCCAUGGUUUGGACAUAGUUGAUAUUCUUUUUGUGCACAACAGUGGAAAGUUCACCGGGGAAGCUUUUUGUGUCUUGGGGUACCCUCUUCAAGUUGAUUUUGCUCUUCAAAGGAAUAGGCAGAACUUGGGCAGGAGGUAUGUUGAGGUUUUCAGGAGUAAGAGGCAGGAAUACUAUAAGGCAAUAGCGAAGGAAGUUUCAGAUACUCGGGGUGGUUCACCACAUCGAAGGGUCCAAAGGGCUAAAUCUUAUGAUGAGGGGAAGGACUCAGCUGAACACACAGGUGUACUGAGGUUGCGGGGAUUGCCAUUUUCUGCUGGUAAGGAUGAUAUAAUGGAGUUCUUUAAAGAUUUUGUUUUGUCAGAAGAAGCAAUACAUAUUACAAUGAACUCGGAGGGAAGGCCUACUGGGGAAGCAUUUGUGGAGUUUGCAAAUGCAGAAGAUUCAAAAGCAGCAAUGGUUAAAGAUAGGAUGACUCUUGGGAGUCGAUAUAUAGAAUUGUUCCCAUCCUCGCAGGGGGAAUUGGAGGAAGCAGUUUCCAGAGGGAGGUGACUUUGUAUUGGACCUUUUCUUUAAUUUCCUAUCUUGAGAGAAGCCUCUCAAAGCUUGUUACUGGACGUAUGUGUUUUUAUGAACUGAACUUUAACAUUGCAUUGCUAUCACCUUUUGAGGUCAGAAGAUACCUUCACAUCGUUUUUUGAUGACAGUAUUUUCAAUUUGUGUA